CCACGGCACCCGUGUGUGUCGCACUAAAAUGUGACUCUGGUCAGCAGCACCGGGAGCCGUGUGUGUCGUAAGAGCGAGAGAGCGAGAGAACGAGAGAGAGAGAAAGAGAGGGAGAGAGAGAGAGAGAGAGAGAGAGUCGCGCGUGCCGGAAUUUUCGUUAGUUUAGAAGGACCCAGGGCCGAGAAAAGAGCCCCUCGGCGUUUACGCGUCGCGGUGAACGAACGAAAAAGCUGUGUGCGACCGACAAAGGUGGAUCGUCGCCGCGGCGAGGAGGGUGGACGACGAUAGAACCGUCCGUCUCGACCAGUCGUCGGUGGAAACGCGGCCGAUCGACCUCGGGGAACCCGUCUCCGGUCGCCGUCAACGAAACAUAUCUCAGCCGAAAAAAGGUGCAACCACCCCAGCAGCGACCAGAGGUGGGCAGCUAGAAGCUGGUUGAAAGAGUAGAAUAGCCUAUAACGCGUCGGGGGAAUUCCCUGGAGUCUCCGUUGGAACGAAGAGGACUUCUCCCGGAGACUCGAAGAGGAAGAGGAAAAGAGCGACGGGGGCGAACGGCGCGGGGAUGUCGUGCAAAUCUAAUUGAGGAUUCGUACGCGUACGGCUGAAACUUUUUACGGACUGGUGUGCGCGAACACGUAUGGUACACACAGACGCACGUAGAGAGAGACGCGUAGGUGUAUCACGCGCGUAGCGACCAGGGAACGCGACAGUGCAUCCGUUCCGGAGGAGCAUCGUCGUCGUCGUGUUCACCAGAUCUGCGACGGGGAUACCUAGUGCGACGAACGGGGUAUCAGGGAGUACACCCCGAUGACCGCUCGGGAUUAGUUUACGUAGUACCGUUUCACCGCGAACUGUGAUUCUUUGUGCUGUGGAAGGGAAGAGGAACCCGUUCGUCUCGACCGCGGAGUAAAACAGGCCAGGAAAAAUGAAGCUGGAACUCAUGGAUCGGGAGAAGGGCCUGGAGCUCUUCGGGAAGUUUAUACGAACGAAGAACGUGGACAGUCUUCAGGGUGACCAGGCGAAGAGUGGACCAGAGCCACUGCACCCUACCGACUCCAAGCAGAAAUUACAGAAGUGCCUGACAACUCUGGACCUGACGUCUUUGGGAGUUGGCUCCUGCGUCGGGACAGGGAUGUACCUAGUUGCGGGAAUGGUGGCUCGCAGUGUCGCCGGCCCGGGUGUCGUCAUCUCGUUCAUUAUUGCGGCCAUUGCUUCCAUUCUUUCCGGAGCAUGUUACGCCGAGUUCGGGGUACGAGUGCCUCACACGACGGGCAGCGCUUACAUGUACAGUUACGUGACAGUAGGCGAGUUAAUAGCAUUCAUUAUUGGAUGGAACAUGGUACUGGAGUACCUUAUAGGUACGAGCGCGUGUGCCUGCGCCCUUAGCGCCUGUCUCGACGCCCUUUCCGACGGCGCCGUCUCCAACGCGAUAUCCAGCAGCGUUGGAACCAUUUUCGGUCGACCGCCGGACUUUCUCGCUUUCGUCAUCACUAUACUGAUGAUGUUGCUGAUGGCUGCAGGCGUGAAGAAAUCCCUGGUGUUCAAUAACGUGUUAAACGCCAUCAACCUCUCCGUGUGGGUGUUCAUCAUGGCGGCGGGAAUGUUCUACGUGGACAGCGCCAACUGGGAAGAGCACAAUGGUUUCCUUCCCUACGACUGGAGCGGUGUGUUCACCGGUGCGGCGACGUGUUUUUACGCGUUCAUCGGCUUCGACAUAAUAGCAACCACCGGCGAGGAGGCGACCAACCCCAAGAGGAGCAUCCCCCUCGCGAUAGUCUCGUCGUUGAUCAUAAUUCUCAUCGCUUACGUCACCAGCAGUAUGGUGUUGACGCUGAUUGUUCCGUACAAUGAAGUCGAUCAGGAUUCCGCUCUGGUGGAGAUGUUCGGCCAGGUCGGAGCCUACAAAUGCAAGUACAUCGUCGCGGUUGGUGCACUGGCUGGAUUGACAGUCUCCAUGUUCGGCAGCAUGUUCCCCAUGCCUAGGAUAGUCUACGCCAUGGCUCAGGACGGCCUUAUAUUUCGGCGUCUGAGCCAAGUAUGGCCAGCAACAGGCACUCCAGCCCUGGCGACGCUGACUUCCGGUCUGUGUGCAGCCGUAGCCGCCCUACUGAUCCAGCUGGAAGUCUUGGUGGAAAUGAUGUCCAUCGGUACCCUGCUGGCCUACACUCUGGUGUCCACCUGCGUGCUGAUUCUACGCUACCAGCCGCACACCACGAACCUGGUGGAGCUUCUGCCACAGAGCUUGAAGACUCCUUGUCGAACCCCGACAAAAGAAACUCAGGGAAACGGCCAGGUGACUUACGGGAAGGAGCUUCGACCGGAUCAGCUGACCACCGCUUUGAACACUGUUCAGGCGUCGCAAUCGGAACUCGCUGCGGCGAACAAUGGCCAACGUAUCAUGGUGAGACGAGUGAGAAGAUGCAACAGCUCUUCGCCAGACUCGGACGACACCUACGGGGCUGAGGAGGACGAAGUGGGAUUGGGUAAGGACGACCAGUAUCUGGUUAGCGAUAGAACCGAGAAUAAAUUCUACGGCAGUGUGCACGCAGCUGCGGCUGCAUCCAGUUGCGGAAGUGCGCAUCAGUAUCCGGGAACCACGCCGAUAAUUGGACCGCCAUUGAAUUACCUUCAACGCCGUCUUCAGGCAGCACAGUACCUUUGUCCUGCUAUUUUCCCUUGGGUGGAUCGAGGCCCCGCGACGGAAGCGUCGGGACGCUACGUUAUGAAGCUAGUCGGGAUACUUUACCUGCUGAUCCUGAUCUUUGAUCUGAUUAUCGUUUGCGGCAUGGGGAACAUGGGUACGUUCACCACGUUAUUAAUGUUCCUCUUCCUCUUCGCCAUAAUCGGAGUGCUACUCGCCAUUAGCAGAAAGCCGCAAAACAGGAACAGCAUGAUGUUCAUGACUCCAGGACUGCCAUUCGUCCCUGCGAUUGCUGUCACCGUGAACAUAUACCUCAUCUUCAAGCUGAGCAUUCUGACCCUCGUCAGAUUCACCGUGUGGAUGAUACUUGGCUUCAUCAUGUACUUCUACUACGGUAUCAAGCACAGCAGCCUCGAGGAGGCGAGCGCGUCGGAGAACCAGGAAGAGACAGUGACGGCCGGAAAUAUCGAGCUGACGGUGACGGACACGCAUAAGCAGCAACAGACGCAGCAUCCGUCGUCGUACUCGACGACCGAUCGCAGCAUCUAUGAGGGCCAGCAGCUGGACGCGUUCGGUCAGCCGGUUUUCGGCAGCACGAAUUUCGGCGGGACACCGAGCCAAAGGGCGACCACCACGACCGCCGGGCAGCCCCUCUUCGUCGACCAGGGGAACUUCCCCACCUGGGACGACUGAGCGUCGAACAAAACCGACACAAAUAUAUAUAUUUGAAGAUAUAAGAUAAAUUAUUACGCAAGCCUGACAGGCAUCGAAUGUUCACCGGCGAAUAAACGACCCUUACGGAGCUCGCGGUGGGCCCUGGCCUCUGGAUCGCGAUCGAAGCACCUGCGUUGCUCCUUCGAACGACCCCUUCAACGAUUUUUAUUUCAUCGGCGACGGUAUCCGGCGUCUCCUACCGUUUAUGGAUUGCUCGAUCCUUCAGAUCAAAGAGACUCAUAGUUCCAAAGAGAAUUUUUCUUUGGUUUUCAAAAUUUUAUCCACGAAUAACGAAGAUUUUGGAUCCAUUUGCAAACCGGUCCAUAUAUUCGUGUAUAUAUUCUUCAGUUUUUCAACUGUUAUUAAAUGGCGGAGCAAUGUACUUGGACUAAUUCAUAGGUUGAUUGUCCGUCAGUCGUUGCAAAGCAAAGCUUCCAUGCAACUCGUCAUUUAUAGGCAAAAUUACCCACGGAGAAUCGUAAGAAUUUAUCUGCUGCUCUGUCAGCAACAUUCUUCGUGAAUAUUCCAAGCAGUCUCUGCUGCUGAUAUUUGAUUUUUGUUAAUCUUCAAAAAAGAGAAAACAGAAGCUCCUAAAGGAUGUACAAUAAGCAAACGUUAUAAUCACUCCACAUAAAAUGAAAACGAACUUAUGGACCACCCUAAUAAUUUCACUAACAAACACACUGAUAGAUUCAUUAAAUCGAUAUUCAGGCUAGUGAAGAGCAGACAAAAAGUUAGCUUGCGAAUAGAUCUGAAAUACGUAUUCGUUAUUCGCGAAUAAAUUUCACCCGAACCAUUCGAAACUGACGAUGGAAUCUCGAAAGACGUCACUCUUCCAGAGUUUUCGUUUCAUUUAGACGUUUCUUCGGCUAGAGUGACCAACCUGGCACUAUUUCCAAAGGGAUUUACUUUCUUUUAGAAAACGUAGGACGGAGAAGUCUCGAAGAGAUUCCUCGUAAGGCGCUCUGCGUUUCUUAGGGACUCGAGAACGAUCCCGUAUCCGUAGAAGAUCGAGCCAGAGAUCGACGAUCGAUCGGGCGGCGCUGCUUCGAAAUUCCGAGCUUCCCUGACCGAUCUCGCUUCUCCGCGACGAAGAACGUCAAUUUCCAAUCGACCCCGAUCGAUCGUCGCCCGAUCGACGCUCCUUGAUCGAAGAUCGCUUGAACCUGCACCCCUCCUGAACAGCUAAAGAAUAACAAAAAAAAGAAAAAAAAAUAAUAAUAAUGGCGUGGCCGCGGGUCUCCUGACCGGGGGUGAACUUGUUGACUACUGUUUUUUCGGGACGAAUGUAGCUAAUAAUUUUCCGCGGCAAUAUUUAUUAUCCUAGUUGUAUAAAGAAAAAACACGGGAGUAAUCGUCGUUGACGAGGCAGAGCUGUCGGUGACGGAAGUACAGAACGGCGGAUGACGUAAAGGAAGACGCUAAAGGGGGGACGAUGAGCGACGAGAUCAUUAUCAUUCCUAGCAUAAGGCGAAACUUGUGUUUUCCAAAAGAGCAUUUUAACUGCUAAGAUAUAAGUUUAAACGUACCGCUAGUCGAGAGAGAGAGAGAGAGAGAGAGAGAGAGAGAAUGAACGAGUAUGAGAGGGUGAGAGAGAGAGAGAUUGAGAGAAAGUAAGAAUGAGAGAGGCGACAACAGAAAAUAAUUCGUUCCUGAGUCGAGGAGUGCGAGGACGCGCGUGUCGUUAGGAAACGAAGAAUAGAAAAUCAUCCAAAAACAACAAAAAAAGAUACUUGAAACAAAAAAAAUUAUAUUGAUCUUGCCUAAAUCUAGUCUUUCCCGUAAGAAGGAAGCUUAGCGUUAACGUAUUGUAAUCCUAAACCUAAGCUUAGCUGUAUACUUGCGUGCGUCUUACCUCGAUUAACGAUUACGAAAAUUAAGAUCGUUUCUCCCCAUUGGUCGUUUCAUCGGUUCUUUCUUAGAAUCGCUUAGGGGUUUUUGCGGCCCCUGCUUGAACGCGAUUAGAAAUGUCUCGUUUUCCAUUGUUUCGCGCGCUGUAAGGGCGGUACCAGCAAGAGAUGACUGCAGAAAUCUCAACUCUGUCCUUACACGGAUCCUUCACAUUCCAAACCUGCCCCCUUUGUACUACUAUUAUUUUGAAAUUUAUUGUCCAUACUCCUCUGCAUUGUUCUUGAACAAUAUGGCGCACGGGGAACUGGUUUUCCUCAUUCUAGUCAAUUUUACGAAUCUUCGAUCCGUCGAAUAGGCAUCUUUCAUUUACAUUGGGUAAAAUUGAACGCAAACCUUUCUUUGAAGUAAUUUGUAUGAUUUAUACUAAAUAAUUGAUUUGUCUUUUGCGUAAGUAACGAGUACAAAGUUAUCGAAUUGAUUUUCAAUAUUAUUCAUAAUUCCGUUACUAAAUCCAAAUUAUUUGUUCGCUACAUUCGUAAUCGAUAUAUACUUGCUACGAAUCGCUGACCUAUAGAUGCUUGUUUCGUCGAUUCCUUCGGACUCUAAACAAAUUAGAAACCCAACGAACAGAAUCUUCCCUAUUUUCCUCUAAUCAUUCACAUAUCGAUGUUAUAUCGUCGUUUUACUAUCCCUUGCUAUCGAAGGCGCGACUGUUUCGAAAGAAAAAGUGAACAGGAAAUGGUCGGUGAGAAUGAAGGAAACAUUAUAAAUUAAAUGGAAAGAAUGGAGGAAGGAAACAGACGAAAGAAUUGGUAAAUGGUGACAGAUACGACAGCUUACGGGGGCAGCCCGUGCACUUUACGUCUCUCCGUUUAUUCUAUUCUCGAAUCUACAUAUCGAUCGGUGAUCUAUUUCACAUAUCAGUCUGCACCUUUUGCAGGGAUGGCAUCCGUGAGACUGUAGCGAGA